CACGGCCGCCGCCAUCACUGAUAACAGGGCCUGGGAUCGCCGCCCCCGCUGCCUCGCGCCCCCCGACUCACGCCGAGCCCGAUUACUCAUAACCUGCAAGUACUGUGGAGGCGUCGCCCGGUGUGGGAGAGGAAGUCAGCCCUCGCCAGGAGCGCGUGCGACUGCGACGGAGAGACGUGUGGAGGCGGCCCUUACUUUGCGUGUGGCAUUACUGGGGUGCCCAGCGAGCCCGCCCAUCUGGCCCACCGCGGAAAACACUGGGACGUGGGAGUGUCUCCGCUCUAGAGAAAGCCCUCCUCUCUCUCUCUCUCUCUGUCUCUGUCUCCCUCUCUCCCCCUCUCUCUCUUUCUCUCGCGGUGGUGACGAGGGGGAGGCUGCGACCAUAUUUUUACGUCCCUCUACUCUGGGCUGCGUGGUGCUGCGGCAGUGUUCCCUGCAGAGUGCGAAGUGUUUAGUGAGAAAUAGAAGCUUGCAGGAAAAGUGCCUUUGUAUUUUUUGUGGCCUGAUCUAUCCCCUUUGCGGCCCUGUCGCGAGUGAUCAUCGUCAUCGAUAAGACGAUCGAAAUAGUGGUAUUGGAGUGAUAAAAUCUGUGUCACAGGCUGCCAUACCCGCCUGUCUGCGUGUCCUAGCCCUAGGAAGGCCCUAAGGGGGAUCUAGAGCCACCAGGAAGUACUGCCGGAGGAACCACUAUGGCCUGGGUCAGAGGGCUCUAAGGUGACCGCUGGGCCGGGGAGAGAGAGUGUCACGAUGCCCGUGCAGAAGUUCCGGGCUCGUAUGAAGAGGCAGAAGUACGACCCUGAAACGGAUCCAGACAUGGUUGACGAGUACGGCGAAUAUUUCGCGAAAGCGGCCGACGAGGAGCAGGAGGAAGGGAGUGAAGAGCCUAUAACCUAUGCGGAACCUAUAAACUAUGGACAGUUUUCUAUAGCUCAAGGAGUCCGUGCAGGUGGUGAAGUUGGGGCGUCGGUGGGCUCAGCCUCGGGAGGGGAGAAGCCCCUGUCCUCGGCGUGGCAGGCAGCACUAAGCGGAGCCACAUCCAUGUCGCAGGGCCAGGUAGCCGCCGCAACGGACGCCACCCCGCACGAGGGACGGAAGCGGCCGCCCCCUCGUCGGCCCGUGGGUAAACCUCCGGAGAACCGGCCCGCCCGCGCCCUCUUCUGCCUGGGCCUCAAGAAUCCGCUUAGGAAGAUCUGCAUAGACGUCGUAGAAUGGAAACCCUUCGAAUGGUUCAUCUUAUUGACCAUCUUCGCCAACUGCGUGGCUUUGGCGGUCUACACGCCUUACCCAAACUCGGACUCCAAUGCCACCAACGCUAAACUGGAACAAAUCGAGAUUAUCUUUAUGGUAAUAUUUACGGUAGAAUGUUUUAUGAAGAUUAUAGCCUACGGGUUCGCCCUCCACCAGGGGGCGUAUAUACGUUCAGUAUGGAACUUUCUCGAUUUUCUCAUCGUCGUCAUUGGUUUGAUAAGCGGCGCACUAGACUUCCUCAUGCAGGGGGAGGGCGGCGAAGCCAGCUUCGACGUCAAGGCGCUCAGGGCCUUCCGAGUCCUGCGUCCUCUCAGACUUGUGUCAGGAGUCCCAAGUCUACAGGUGGUGUUGAACUCCAUCGUGAAGGCUAUGGUGCCGUUGCUCAACAUUGCUCUUCUCGUCAUGUUUGUCAUUAUCAUUUACGCUAUCAUCGGUCUGGAGCUUUUCUCCGGCGCGCUUCAUUUUACCUGCUAUAAUAAUGAAACAGGUAACCGCAUGGAAAACCCUCAUCCGUGCGACAACGGGACGGCGGGCUUCAGCUGUUCCGAUCUAAAUAAAGAUGGCCAAUUUUAUGUGUGUCGAGACGGCUGGGAAGGACCCAACUAUGGCAUCACGAACUUCGAUAAUUUUGGCCUCGCAAUGUUAACAGUGUUCCAGUGUAUAACUAUGGAGGGCUGGACAGAUAUGAUGUAUUAUAUUGCAGAUGCCAUGGGUAAUAGUUGGCAGUGGAUCUUCUUUGUAUCCAUGAUCAUCCUCGGGGCCUUCUUCGUCAUGAACCUUAUUCUUGGUGUCCUCAGCGGAGAAUUCUCCAAAGAAAGAGAAAAAGCACAGGCACGAGGAGACUUCAUGAAACUAAGAAAAAAGCAGCAGAUCGAGGAGGAUCUGAGAGGUUAUCUAGAAUGGAUAACAGCAGCAGAAGACAUAGAGAUGGAAGGGGAUGAGAAGAAGGAAGCCGAUGACGGGCGCCGUUUAGUUCUGCCGGGAGCCAGCAACCGUGGAGCCAUGUCGGUGGCCUCCCCAACCUCCCUUCUGCUCUUCUUGCCCCUCUUCUCUAUGCGUAACUCCAAAACUGUAGAAGCUGACAUAGAUAAGGGUGAAGAAAAUGAUGAAAACCAACAGCCUUCUUGGUGGCAGAAAAAGAAGAAGGGUUUUGAUCGCUUCGUGAAAGGGAUGGUAGGUGUCAAUCGGAGAUGCAGGCGGGCGUGUCGAAAAGCUGUAAAAUCACAAGCAUUUUACUGGCUCAUCAUUGUUCUUGUCUUCCUCAACACUGCAGUCCUGGCCAGUGAGCACUAUCGGCAACCUGACUGGCUUAGCAAGUUCCAAGAUUAUACCAAUCUUUUCUUCGUGGUGCUGUUUACAUGUGAAAUGUUGUUAAAGAUGUACAGUUUAGGCUUCCAAGGCUACUUUGUGUCUUUGUUCAAUCGUUUUGAUUGUUUUGUGGUGAUCAGCAGCAUCACCGAGGUGGUUCUCACAUCCACUGAGCUUAUGCCUCCACUGGGUGUCUCGGUGCUCAGAUGUGUCCGUCUUCUCAGAGUAUUCAAAGUGACAAAAUAUUGGCGGUCACUCUCCAACCUGGUUGCUUCCCUUCUCAACUCCAUCCAGUCCAUCGCCUCCCUGCUGCUCCUGCUCUUCCUCUUUAUUAUUAUCUUUGCUCUUCUGGGCAUGCAAGUCUUCGGUGGCCGCUUUAAUUUUAACCCAAUGGAGGACAAACCGCGGCAUAAUUUUGACAACUUCGUUCAGGCCAUGUUGACAGUGUUCCAGAUCCUGACAGGUGAGGAUUGGAACGUAGUGAUGUAUGACGGUAUUCGUGCCUAUGGUGGAGUGGCCACUGCUGGCAUCAUCGCCUGUUUCUACUUCAUCAUUCUUUUCAUCUGUGGUAAUUACAUCUUGCUCAAUGUCUUCUUGGCUAUCGCCGUCGACAACUUGGCCGAUGCUGAUGCUCUUGGUGACGCGGAAGAGGAAGAAGGCAAAGAGGGAGAGGAAGGUGAAGGUGGAGGUGGUGAAGAAGGUGAAAAGAUAGAAGAAGAAGGAAUAGAAGGUGAAGAAAAGACAGCACUAAAUCACAUAGCUAUGAGGGAUGGUGAUGCUGCCAGUCAUGCAAAAGUACAGAUAGAACACGACCAAAUACCAGAAGAAGGAAAAUAUGAUGAUUAUGAAAAUGAAGGGGAAAUGGAAGAAGAAGGGGAAUACGACGAAACUGAGGGAGAGGCCGGAGAGAUGGUCCAGGCCCCACGACCUUCCCCAAACGAGAGCGGUACCACAAAAGUUCAGCCCAUUCCAAAAUACACCUCUUUCUUCAUUUUUACCCAUACAAACAGGUUUCGAGUUUUUUGCCACAAGAUUUGCAACCACAGCCUCUUCAGCAAUGUCAUUCUGGUAUGCAUUCUCAUAUCAUCCGGCAUGUUGGCUGCUGAGGAUCCCCUUCGCUCUGAUUCUCAGCGUAACGUUAUCCUGAACUACUUCGACAUCUUCUUCACAUCAGUGUUCACAGUGGAGAUUUGCCUAAAAGUUAUAUCAUAUGGCUUUAUUCUUCACAAAGGAGCCUUUCUACGCUCAGCCUUUAAUGGUUUGGACCUGUUGGUUGUGGCCGUCUCACUGAUCUCCUUCUCCUUCAAGGAUGGAGCUAUUUCGGUGGUCAAGAUCCUCCGUGUGCUCCGUGUGCUGAGGCCACUCAGGGCUAUCAACAGGGCCAAGGGUUUGAAGCAUGUAGUUCAGUGCGUCAUUGUGGCCAUUAAGACCAUCGGCAACAUCAUGCUGGUCACCUGUCUCCUAGAAUUCAUGUUCGCUGUAAUUGGAGUUCAGUUGUUCAAGGGCAAGUUCUUCAGUUGCAAUGAUAUUUCCAAAUCAGUCGAGGAGGAGUGUCAGGGCCAAUACAUUGUAUAUCAGGAUGGAGACAUAAACAAACCCAUGGUGGAGAAGAGAGUUUGGGAGAAGAACUCAUUCCACUUUGACAAUGUGGCCAAGGCAAUGCUGACCCUUUUCACAGUGUCUACCUUUGAGGGGUGGCCUGGGUUGCUGUAUGUUUCCAUCGACUCCAACACGGAGGAUGUGGGUCCUGUACAUAACUACCGACCCAUGGUAGCAAUCUACUACAUCAUCUACAUCAUUAUCAUUGCCUUCUUCAUGGUUAACAUCUUCGUUGGUUUUGUUAUUGUCACCUUCCAGAGCGAGGGAGAGCAAGAGUACAAGAACUGUUGUUUAGACAAAAAUCAGAGGAACUGUAUAGAGUUUGCACUGAAGGCUAAGCCUGUGCGGCGUUACAUUCCCAAGAACAGAUUCCAGUACAAGAUCUGGUGGUUUGUGACAUCACAGCCAUUUGAAUACGCAAUCUUCACUUUAAUUAUGCUGAACACAGUCUCCCUAGCUAUGAAGUUCCGUGGGGAGCCAGAGGCCUACACUCAUGCCCUUGAUAUUCUCAAUCUCAUCUUCACUGCUGUCUUUGCCCUUGAGUUUGUCCUCAAGAUUAUGGCCUUCAGAUUCAAGUAUUACUUUGGCGACGCGUGGAAUGUGUUUGAUUUCAUCAUUGUGCUUGGCAGCUUCAUUGAUAUCGUCUACUCAGAGGUCAAUCCGGGCUCCAAUCUCUUCUCUAUCAACUUCUUCCGACUCUUCCGUGUGAUGCGUCUGGUGAAGUUGCUUUCCAAGGGUGAAGGCAUUAGAACGUUACUGUGGACCUUCAUUAAGAGCUUCCAGGCACUGCCGUACGUUGCCCUCCUCAUCUUGCUGCUCUUCUUCAUCUAUGGUGUUGUUGGCAUGCAGGUGUUUGGCAAGAUUGCACUGGACUGGGGCACGCAGAUCCACCGUCAUAACAACUUCCAGAGCUUCUUCCAAGCAGUAAUGGUUCUUUUUAGGUCUGCCACAGGAGAGGCAUGGCAGGAUAUCAUGUUGUCCUGCCUCCCACCUGAUGCUCGGUGCGACAUGCAUUCCGAUGAUUACAGCGAUGAUAUUUCCUGCGGCUCUAAUGUGGCAUACCCAUAUUUCAUUUCCUUCUACACUCUUUGUUCGUUCUUGAUCAUCAACUUGUUUGUGGCUGUCAUCAUGGAUAACUUUGACUACCUAACUCGUGAUUGGUCCAUCCUUGGCCCUCACCAUCUGGAUGAGUUCAUCACUCUGUGGUCAGAGUAUGACCCUGACGCUAAGGGCAGAAUUAAGCAUCUAGAUGUUGUUACACUUCUCAGAAAAAUAUCACCUCCUUUAGGCUUUGGAAAGCUUUGUCCAUACAGAGUAGCAUGUAAACGUUUAGUGGCCAUGAACAUGCCAUUAAAUACAGAUGGUACAGUUAUGUUCAAUGCAACGUUAUUUGCCCUAGUAAGAACAUCUUUAAGAAUAAAAACUGAGGGCAAUAUUGAUACUGCCAAUGAGGAAUUAAGAGCAGUCAUCAAGAAAAUCUGGAAGCGUACAAAUCCCAAACUUCUAGACCAAGUUGUACCACCAGUUGGAGUUGAAGACGAUGUGACUGUGGGCAAAUUCUACGCUACCUACCUCAUCCAGGACUACUUCAGACGCUUUAAGAAGAAGAAGAUGGAGAUUAAAGAACAAAUUGAUAAAGAGUCUGCAAAUACUGUUACACUUCAGGCUGGCCUGAGAACACUACACGAAGCUGGUCCCGAGUUGAAGCGUGCCAUCUCAGGCAACUUAGAUGAGAUGCGUGAUGAUGAUAUUCCCACGCAUAGGCGUAACCACUCCUUGUUCGGCUCGGUCUGGUCAUCUAUGAGAGUCAAAAGCCUGCAACGAACCCGGUCCCUCCGUGUCAACACCGGACACCACGCUAAAGCGGGUAAUAUCUUGCAUCCUGUAAUUCUGAAAGUCAACAACCAGAUUAUGAACAUGAUUUCUCCAACCAACUCACUCUCAUACUCUCCUGCACAUUCUAAUGAGAAAACUGCGCUCAACCACACUGCGCACCGUCCUCCAACCCCAUUGGAAAGCUCACAGUCCAUGGGGGAAGAAGAGGAGGGAAUCCCUAUGCGUCCUCUUAGGAUAAUGAACGGGGAUCCUGAGAGAAGAGCAAAUCUAGUAAUAAAGGACAAACAAAUGCAGUAUUUGACGCCCGACUAUCAUGCGACCUCUCACAGUGAGAGCAAUGGGAGCCUCCCCGGUGACCGCCACUCCCAGAGUGUCCCAAGCAGUCCCAGAAGUGUCUCCAGGCCUUAUUCUGAGGUCGUAGGCUCUGCUGAAAGUCUGGUUGGGAGGGUACUGGUAGAACAGGGCUUAGGGAAAUACUGUGAUCCUGACUUUGUACGUACAACUUCACGAGAGAUUGCGGAGGCCUUGGAUAUGACGUCAGAGGAGAUGGACCGUGCAGCUCAUAAUAUCCUCUCGUCAUCACAGGAAGCAGUACAUGAAGAUGCUGAACCUGAGCACCAAAGAGGGGCACGCGGGCCUCCUAGACGCCAAAAUUAUGAUCACCAUUCACCCUUAUAGAAACAAGUGUGUGCAUAAGCAGCCUAAAUCUGUUAUAUGGUGGUUUUAUUAUGUACUCGUUCAUCCACUUCAACCUGCCUCUCAAAGCUAGUGGAAGUUUCUUGAGGAAACUCUCCCAUACGUGUAUUCAGAGAGUAUUAAUGGCUUUAGAGCAAGAGUCCUCAGUGUGGUCCUUGGGGUCAUCCCAGCCACCUCUGCUCUGUGGAUGGUCUUCUAAGGGAGGCAUUGAUGAGGAUCACAUAUUGUUGUUUUCUAUGGACAUUUGUAGAAAAGGGGAAGAAAAGAAGGAAGGACCCUUCUUAACCUGUGAAUCAUUUUGUACCCAUGGUUUUGAUCAUAUCCCCUACUGGAAGGGGGGAAUGUGUUCUUGGGCCCACCACCAUUCCUAUAUGCAGAUGAAGCUUUCUGUUAAAUCUCUUUGUCUUUCAGAUAAGAAGUUACAUCAGGUAAAGAGCCAGAGCCUAACUUUUUCAUCUGCAACUGUCAAUGUGGUAGGGCAACCAAGGCAUAGUUGUUAGGACCUACUUCUUUGUUUUGUGGGAUUUGUACAAGUUGGCAAGUCAGUGUUGGUAUACCUGAAGGAUUCCCCCCAUGGGAGUCUCGAUCCCUUAGUUGGUUGUGGACUUCCCAAACCAUAGAGAUUGAUACUGUGAAAUAUUUAGCAUUAUUCUUGCCUCAGCGAUUGUUCAGUAAGACUCAUUUUUAUAAAUGGGAAAUAGAGACUUAUAGAAAGUCUUUUGAAGGCAAUGAAUAGUUAUCUUUUCACAUGACAUCAAUCUUGUGCUCGCACUUGGAAAGUGUCAUACUCCUAUUGAAGUAAGUGUAUGAGGAAAUGCUACAGUCAUGCUUAACAAAAAUAUAAAGUUAUGAUAUCUGGGUAGGGAUAUAUGGCCCUGAGCAGUUUGUUAACGGCUGUGACAAAAUCUGAUUUCAUACUGUAGCUCUGUGUUGGGCUUUGACAUGUGAGCAUGCAUCAUAUCUCUUAUUAUUAUAGGAUGUGAAAACUGUCGAGUAGAACAGUGUAACCUCUACACAUUUGAGUAGGGGUUAACUUACUAACCCAAAGUGCCUCUCUCAAUUGUGAUAAUCUGUUGUUAUUUCCUCUCAAACAAUUUUCACUGAAAGGUACUGAAAUCACCUCAUGUCAUCCAUAAUUAUUUUCAACUUUUUCAUCUUGAAGAAGUUGCAAUAUUUUCUUCAGAACACAUUAAUUUGUGGAUUCUUUUUGGGCCAACUGGGUGAAGUUGGCAACUGGCCUGCACAUUUGGGUCUUUAUUGUUGUUGUUGUAGAGAGUAGCUGUAUAAUCCUGUGAUCCUAGAAACACGCGUGACAUUUUUUGUCAAAAACCCAAACACAGCAUUGCCCACCCAAGUUCAAUACUGAAGUUUAGUCUGCGUUCGGCUACUACUGUGUUGAAAAAAAAAAAAAUUACAUGCUCAUAAGUAAAUCAGAAAGAAAGACUGUGGCGUGAAAAGUUCAAUCCAGCGCUGAAGCUCAAGAGGAGUAAACAUGAACUGAAGUAUCUCCUUUUGAAGCAGGCCAAAACUUGAAUGAAAGUCUGAAAUGCAUUGCUUGCUCUCAUGGUAAGCAGCAGCAGAACUAUUCAGGGUAAAUGUGGCAACCAAGUACCUAACAUUUUGUUUUGUCUAUGAAAAAAAGAAAUGUUGGUUUCUUAAAUGGGCUCAGUGAUUACGCCUCAAGAAUAACAGGAUGGUCUCGAGUUCCAUUAGUUCUAUUCGUAUUAAUUUUGGAAAAAACAAGAUUACAAUCUUGUUUCUUUGCAUUUGUUAUGAUGUAUAAAUUCCUUUAGAUGACUGUAGGACUGUUAGUUUUAUUAAAAGAAUUAUAAAAUUCAAUGUACGUUUAUAUCCAUAUUUUUUACCUCAUUGUUAGAGGUUUUGAAAAUUGGAGGAGAGAUUUUUAUGACUUCAAAUACAGUAUUUAAUAAAUAUUACUGCAGCAGAAAAGAAAUCAAAUUCAUUCUCCAAAUCAACCUUACAGCAUAAUUUGCUGCCUUUGUGAUAAGCAGAAAAGGCAGUCCAAGAAUUGAAUUGGAAAUAUGUAAACAUGUUUUUAUAAACAAUUUUAGAAAAUCAACCCCACAGAACAUGUGUCAAGUGUUCACAGUGCUGCUAUGAACUUGUUCAUCUCCGCAAAUUUUCAAAUCCUCUUGGGUAGUGGUCAGGUGAUGGAGACUACUGCCACCUGAACCUAAUGUUGUGUCCCAGAAACGGAAUCCAAGACCACAGUGACCAGAUUUUGUCAUGGAUAGAUAUACAUAGGGUCGAGUAGUCCUCUGUUUCUAUAAUCAGUAUGUGGAGUUAUCAAGACAAUUUCAUGUGGUGAUGAUAUCUGCAAGCAACAUUUUUGGUUGUACUUGCCAUCAUCCUCAAUUUGACCAUAGAUAGUUCAUAUUUUGUCUGAAAUAACUAUAGCCUUGAAUAGCCCUAGUUUGUCCACUUCCAAAGGUUUUGGUGCUCAAUGUCCAUGACAGUUGUCUCUCGUGUUCCAACUUUGUCAUACACUACACAUUUUUACCAAUUUACCACUGCUUCAUUUAAACUUAUUACAAAUUGUUAAUAUUUGAUCAGUAGGAUUUAGUAACUCAAUUCCAUUCUGGGAUACAAUUGUGUUAUAAACUAUAGACCCCUUCUAAUGUUGAAUUUUUGUUGACCUUGUGCAACGGCCUGUAAGUGUGAUGGCCGGUCAGGGGACAAAAUGUCAAUUGUCGUCACAGGAUAAAAGUUAUCUGGAAAAUGAGUGUUUCUGCAAUGUCUCUGAAAUGUUCAUGUUUUUAUUUUCACAAAAGAACUCCAUUAGCUUUUGUGAAAAGUUUGGCAUACAAAUCAUUAUAAUAAGUAUAUUUCAAAAACAUUGCCAGUUGACAAUAACUGCAGAGAAUAAUUUCUUUUACAUCUCCAAGAGUCAAUCACUAAUUUACUGUGAAUGGUUUGAUAAAUGUUUGACACAUUACUCAAAAUCUUAUGUGCCAUCAGAGGUGUCGUCAUCCAUCACUAUUGUGCUAUUCAUAGGUCAUUUUAGUAUAUGAUAUGGCAGUUAUUUUAUGUUGCUUUAUAAUUUUUUAUAGGUUUCGUGGCCAAUAAGAAUUGUUAUAUUUUUAAUUCCUAGAUACUUUAGAGAAGUAGUGGAUGUAUAAGAGUAUACUUCGCAGGGGUCUACAUGAAGCUGAUCGUAAAUAUGGGUAGUGUUCAUGAACCGCUGCUGGACUCAAGUUCCCUACUUCACUUCAAAGUGGCCGAUUUUUUACUGUAGGAUUUUAUAUGAGGUCAGUAUUAGAUGUGCAGUUAUUAUAUUAUUUUGUUGUUUUUUUUUCUCAAGAAAGAGUAGCACAUGUAAAUUUCAGCAUAGAGAAGUGACAAUAUGUCUCACUGCACAAAUAUUGUUAUUGUGAAAUAUUUGUAUCUAUUUAAAGGUGAAUAAUAGUCAUCAUAGAACAAUGAUGGCAUAUUUUCUACAUAAUUUUACUACUUCAUCUAAUUGUAAUUAAAACACAUUUACUGGGAAACUGGUGUGAGGUGUUGUGCCUGGUGUUGGAGGUUUAUGUGAUUUUGUAAGGAAAAUAAAACCUUUCUUUCCUUGAGGGAUUUUUGACUGCAAUGUGGUAUGAGCGGUUUCCAGCCACAACUUGAUAAGUCAACUACAAUAUUUUCAAGUUCCAAGUUUAUGCAGCUGUAUGGUAGCCAUGAUCCUGAAAAACACUGGAUCAGUCCGUUUAUAAUUACUCACAUAAUGAAUAUUUCAAAUUUAUGUACAUUAAUUCUAGUUACAAGCUAUUUAAACCUUUUUUUUUUUUCUUCUUUUUUUCUCUUUUCCUUUCUUAGUUAACUCUAUUUGAAAAGCUUCAAUGCAAUCAAUAAUCCCUCCCUUUAACCUCUAGUUCGUGACAGUUAUUGUUUAUCCAUAUCUACCUUAUUCUUUUGCUGCCUAUUCUUGUAUAGCCUCUAUUCUUCUUUUGUGAUCUACCCUUUUCUUCAUUUAUCAUCUAAUUUACUCUGAUAUACUACUGUCUUUACCUCAGACUUAAAAAACACUAUGUUUGUCUGCUUGUUAUAUGUAUGUUGAUCCGGAAGAGUGUGGAAGGAACAAUCACGAAUUUACAUUUGCCAAUUCUCGUCAUAAUUUAUACAGUGUUGUAGCAAUUCUCAUUUGGAAUAAAACCUAACCUUGUGAUA